AUGCGAUAAACAAGAAAAAAUCUUGUAUUUGACUGAUGUCUGUGCUGUUCCCGACUUACACUUCGAAACACCAGAUGUGUGUAACUUGAGCUGAUAACCCGGACAUAUUUCAGUUAUGUUUUACAAACAGACAGUUGCACUGGUGUUGACAUGAUUAGACGACAGUCGCGAAUGUUUCGAAGUCACUGUCUCAUCCCGAAUCGAAUUUUUGUUUAGUUUUGUUUUAUUUUGAGGAGCUGGUAAUGGAGACUGACCGAAAUUUUAAGUCCUCCACCAGUGACAGGAACUUCAGUGUGAUUUGAUAGCAGCCCACCUUUGUUGAACUCACGGCAAUUCUUUUAGGUUUGAACGCAUCUGUGUCUAUAAUGUAAGUCACGGAACAAUAUUAUUUGCUGAGAUUUUGUGAGAUUUGGAGAACUAAACCCAGUAACGAAUGUAAGCUAUUUAUGUGAACAUAGCUUUGAGUCAGGUGAAUCGCCUUAUCGAGGAUAUAUCAUCAGGCUGAGAUAAACUAUUGUACGCACAAGAGGCUUGUGAAUGAAACGAUUUAUUCUCUCUUUGAAGGUAAACUCAAAAUCAGACAUAUUGUCUGACACAACUUGCCCAAACACGGGGAAUUCUAGGAGCCAAGCUUAUUCUGAGUUACCGACACCUCAAAUGAAGCAGGAUGAGGAGCUGUGGAAGUCAGAGGACUGGUACCCACCGCUCUGUCCCCCCGAGAGCCUUAAGGAGGAACUACUUCGAGAGGAGGACUUUACAGAGGUGGAUAAAGUGGCCAGGGAGACACCAGAUUCACUAAAGAAUAAUUUUGAUGAACUUAUCAACUACCUCACCAGUCAUUUUAAUUCCGACCUACAAAAGUUAAGAUCCAUUUUUGUGUGGAUGGGCGCUCAGAACAUCGGAUGUCAACAAGAGACAGACACGUGCGAAGACAACCAGAGCCCAAGAUAUUACCUGUACAACACAUGCAAAAAUCAUGUUUUCAUCGGUAAACUGUUCGUUAAGAUGUGCAGAUGUGCAAGAAUUCCAUGUAUACUCGUGAAGGGUGUGGCAAAAGGAGCUUCUUACACUACAGGUGACAAUGAGAUUAAAGCAAAAACCACCUGGGCAGUUGUACACGUGGCCGGCAGCUGGCGGUUUGUGUUCCCUCACUGGGCCUUUGUCAAAGCAAGCGGCCACCAAAAAGGAAACUGGAUGUUAGUUGAGGAUUGUGGAAAUUCUGCAAGAACAAGGUUCACAGCCAAUGAUGGUAAACUCAUAUCCGAUAUAGACGAAUUUUAUUUUCUAACGGAUCCUGAUGUCAUGAAAUACAUCUGUCAUCCCAAUGACAAAGAGAAGCAGCUGCUGCAUGAGCCAUGGACAAAAGAACAGUUCUUUGCUUCACCACAUUUCUGCAAUGCUUAUUACUCCUCGGGAUGGCAUCUGCUCAGCCCUGCAACAUGUCUUAUAAAAACCCACAUGGGAGGCUGCUCCAUCGACUUCUUUAGUCCAGGAGGAGACUCGAAACUCGAUUACAAGCUGUUUUUUGACGAAAGUUGUUCUGGGAAUACAUUUACAAAAGAGAAAGAAAGGGAUCGUUAUGUAAUAAUGCUGAGUCAGACACUGCAAACCACAUCACUCUUGGUCAGACUUCCAGAGACAGGAACUUAUAAACUUGAACUGACUGGGGUUCAUAAAGGUAAUGCCUGCAAGGUGUUACAUUUUCGUAUCGACUGCGAUUAUGUGCCUCCUGAAACACGACCCUUCCCAACCCACCCAAAGAACGGCUUUGGCUUUGGUGAAGCAGCUGCCGAAGCAGGAUUGUCAGAACCUUCACAUUCGGAAGGAAUCGUUGAGGUGAAACGUGGUGAAGAGGUCAACAUCCACUUUAAAGUUGAAGCCAACUUGGACAUUUCACCCAGACUAAUCCACUUUUUUUGGAAACCAGAUGAUCUUCAUGACAAUGUGCUUGUGCGUCGAGAAGAAGCUAAUGUGACAAUCACUGUGAAAGUGCCCACAGACGAUCCUGCUCCAGAAUUUUCUCUGGAAAUUGAUACCAUCAAGAACUCACACGGACCGACGGAACCUUGUGUUAAUGCUCAAGUGUUAAAUUACUUGCUGACUUGUGAUAAAACACUGCAUUCGAUAAUAACUGACAAGACCAAACAGACACACUUACAGUGUUAUGAAGACGCUUACAUCGCUCUUGCCGAAGACAACGCACGACUGUUAGAAAAAAUUGCCCCUCGCAUCAAGAUGGCCGGUCUGAAAGAUCCAAUAUUAGAUGAAAAACUAAAAUCCAAAAAAUCAAAGUACAAACGCUUACGAAAGGAAGUGAUUGCUGCUGCCGAGGAAAAAAACUUUGAUCGACUGAAUCGUGCUCUUCAACACUGUCUGGUUGUAAACCUUCAGUACACACCAGAGGUAGAGGGAGCAAAGGACGUCCUGUUUGCUUUGUGUAAAGAAGAAGUUGAAAAAGUCUUUAAACAUCUGGAAGUCCAAGAACUCCAAUAUUGUCUAGAGAAAGUGGCUCGUUCCUUGGUUGGUGAAGCAGUAAAGGAACAGGUUUGGUUUAAGAACGCACAGGAAGUGUGUAAACAACUAGACAAGCUCCAAGAAAGCAAACGAAUUAUACAGUCUCUGACAGACGAAGACUUGGCAAGUGUGUUUAAACCUCCUGACCACGUGGUUCAAGUUAUUUCUGCGACAUUCGUCCUGCUGGGGGAACGCCAAGCAGAACUUAAGACGUGGGAAGCUGUGUGGACAACACUGCACCAAGCUUACAAUGGGCAGCUUUUCACCAAACUGAGUUGUUUUGACGACUGUCUGCUGACUAAACACCAGGUGGAGCUGGCAGCUGAGAUGUUGCUGCCGUGUGAUGGAAAGUGUGGCGACGAUACAGUCAUCAGAAAUCUUCACGCAUGGUGUUUGGACAGGAUACAAUUCUACCGACUGAGAGAGGAAUUCACCGGGAUAAAAUAGCUUUAUUAAAGUAAAUGAUGUCGACAAUGAUCAAAACGGCUAUAACUCCCACUCCAUGUGCUAUAUAAUGUCAGAAUUAGAAACUAAAUUAAGUAAUAAUGUUGAUAUUUAUUCAAUUUGUUAACGCCAUCAUAAGUUGUUUAUGUGUACCUUACCAAGAGCACAGAAAACAACCUCUGCAUUGCAACUACUAAGACAUUGGCCCAAAAACCUCAAUACUUAAUGUUGUAGUCAUGAUGAGUGUCAAGUACAAUAUAAAGUUGUAUGCAGUUCAAACAUAUUGGUCCUCAUAUCGCUAUUGACUUUUUAUUUUACUUUUCUAUGUAACAUGCCAUGUAAAGAAUAAUUGCCCUUUGACCUACUGGCUGAGAUUAAUGGUUGGUGUUGAGUGGAAUAAAA